UUUAAAUGAAAUAAAAAAGAUAGUAUAAAUAAUUUGUAACAAUCUUUCGGAUUGUGUGGUGAAAAGUUUCAUUAUUAUAAUGUGUCGCAAAAUUUAUGACACCAAAUGUUUGCAUUUAUUCAUUAGAUAGAUUAAGUAAGAUAAUAAUUUAUUAAUAAACACAUAUAAACCAUAAACUGACCAAAAUGAAUAUAAAAUAAAAUUUAAAAAAAGGAAACAAAAAAUUAAAACUAACAACAAAAAAAGAAAACUCCCGAACUUGAGAGAAGAAAACACUGGAAUUAAUGAAAACAAAUCAAAUAUAAUAAACACAGACUGAAAAAACUUGCUUGUACGACUUAGUGGCUCAUAAUCAUAUUCUCACGGUUCUUUUAUGCAUGGAUAAGAUGUAAAUCAUUACUCUCCACUCACGACAAUCAAACUAGCCGCGAUCUGUUCUUCCAGUAAAUUCGGAACAAAUGAAAAAAAACCAGCUCAAAAACAAAAAACCCAAAAAAUCAUCACAAAAGCAACACACAAAUGGCUAAAGACGAGAAGCGUACAACUUUUGCGCUAAGUUAAAUACCGACCUCUUUUGCUUUUUUUUUCUUCUGCUGUGCGUGUGCAUCUGCAAAGCACCAAUGUCACUGCUGCAGUCGGUGCAAUAUCGUACACCGUGAUGGCACAAUUCUUCCAAACCCCAAGCCUGAUGUGUUUUCGUGAGUUAUGCAUUCUGAACAUUUCCUUCUCCAUGCUUUCAUGCUCGAAAGGAUCAGGAAAUGGCACAAAUUGUUUAUGUGUAUGUGCGUGUGUUUGUGUUCCUAAAACAGUGCUUGACGCGCACGUUGCAUUUGCACACCGCGAGAAAGAGGAAAAAAACAGCAUAAAGCAUAAAAAAGAGCCCAUGCCAAAUCCCUUAGUGGAUGAAAGAGAAACAAAAUCACACCCUUUCUCUCUUUAUCUCAUAUUCCCUUCUCUGUUCUUUACACUCUCCCAAACGCGACCCAGACACACGCACACACGGCGAGAACUUGAUGAGGGUUGCUCGGCAACAUCGAUGCCGGCUAUGUUGAGCAUGAUUUUAUGCUACUCGGAGCAUUCACAGUUGUGCGCUCGGAACGGAAGGACGUGCUUUUUUUGUUGCCAGUGACCGGAUUCGACCGCUCUUCGGAUGAGCGAAUUUACGGGCGGUGUACUGUGACAGUGUGCGGCAUUCAAUUUGCGUGAAGCGUGUGCCAUUUUCCCCAUUCCCGUGCGGUCACAUUCAACAAGUGGUGAACCAGUGAUUUCCAGUGUCCAAACAAGUGGUUCAUAAACGAUUGCCCUCAACUUUACAACCAUGCGGACAGUUUUGGAUGGCUAGUGCAAAAUAGAGUGCAGCAAGUGUGCAGCGAUCCCCCAUUUGAGUGGUGCAUUUGUUUACCAAUUUGUGCGAACUACAACAACAUUCCUGUGUUGCCCCUGUUUCCACGCCUUCACUAAUUGACCCAAUACGAAAGGGGUCCGUUGGCCGGCACAAGGGGUCGAAUUGAUUUGAUUGAGUGAUUUUACUUGGCAUUUGUGUGAGUGAGUGUCUGUCGAAACGAAACACAACACCAUGGCGGACGAAAGCCUGCACGUACCGGACACCAGCAUCGAUUUCCACAUCGUACAGCUGUUCGAGCGACUUGAGGCGAUGCGCAAGGAACCGGGCCAGAAGCUGUCCCGUUCGUUGCAAGGCCGCAUCAACAUGCAUACCGAGCUGCGCAGUCUAGAACUUUGGAGAUCUAUUACGUGCGAAAGUUUAGCAUCGUUCUUCUACGUGUUUAUUGUGUGCGGUGCAGCGGCAGGAGCUGGCGUUGGUGCAAGUGUGUCCUCGGUGCUGCUAGCCACUGCCCUUUCCUCGGGCUUUUCCAUGAUUGCCUUGACGCAGUGUUUUUUGCACAUUUCGGGUGCCCACAUUAACCCGGCCGUAUCGAUCGGGAUGCUUGUUUCGCGCCAAGUUUCACCACUCCGCGCUCUGCUGUACAUCGUGGCACAAAGUGGAGGAUCGAUCGCUGGUGCUGCCUUACUGUACGGUGUCACCGUACCUGGUUAUCAGGGUAAUCUUCAGGCGGCCGUUUCCCACAGCUCAUCCCUAGCAGCCUGGGAGCGAUUUGGCGUCGAGUUUAUCCUGACAUUUAUCGUCGUCCUGGCGUACCUCAUCUCGACCAGCUCGUUCAAGAAAUACUUCGGUUCGUCAGCGAUCGCCAUCGGGGCGGCUUACAGUGCGUGCAGCUUCGUAUCGAUGCCCUAUUUAAAUCCGGCCCGAUCGCUCGGUCCUUCGUUUGUGCUCAACAAAUGGGACAACCACUGGGUGUACUGGGUAGGACCGCUGGUUGGCGGAGCCGUGUCCGGUGUGCUCCAUGAGUUCAUCUUCAGUGCUAAGCGUUCGUCAAAGCGUGCGAAGGACGACGUGGAUUCGAGCCUCAACUCCGAGGACGAUAUCAACUACGAUAUGGACCUGGAGAAGCCUCAGCAACAGCCACAGCAUCAGGGCAAGUACCACCAGUACCGACCACCGAGUGGUACCCUCACCGGAAGUCAGCAACGUUACUGCCAAAGUAUCUACACCGCUGAACCAACAUCGAAGGUGGAACGUGUGGAACCGAUCUACGGUGGUACCAAGUCGAUGUACUGCAAGUCACCACCGUUGACGCGAGCCAACCUUAAUCGGUCACAGUCGGUGUACGCCAAAAGUAACACCGCACUGAACCGUGAGCUGCCCGUCCGUGCUGGACCACUAGUGCCGGCUCAGAGCCUUUACCCGUUGCGAGUGUCUGCCGCACCGCAGACGCAUCUUCAGAACCAGAACGUACAGAACCAGCUGCAGCAGCGCUCGGACAGCAUAUACGGCAUCCGCAGCUCGAUGCGACAACCGGCACCUACCGAUGGCCGGAUGGCCUCCCAAAUGCCACCACAGAUGGCACCACUAGGCGAUGGUCAGGGCUUCCAACCGAUCUACGGAUCACGCAACAAUCCCAACUGCUCCACCGAUGCGCUCAAGUUCGAUCGCGAUCCCAACAGCCGCGAUGAUACGCUGAACUCCAAGUUCUCCCGCGGCACCGGAACCAACCGGCCCGAAUCGAUGUACGGUGGUGCUGGGCAACGUCGCAUCCAUUCGGCACAGUCGGACGAUAGUUCGUACGGCUCGUACCAUGGUCCCGGACCGGCACUAACGCCACCGACGCGCAAUGCUAGUAACGGGAGCAGCACCUACAACCCGGUCGUUGGUACCGUGCUGCCAAACUAUGAACGGAAGACAUCCUCAUCCUCCUCCUCGAACCAACAGCAGCAGCAGCAGCAGCAGCAACAGCAACAACAACAAUCUCAGCAGUCACGUGGUGCUGGUCAGAAUGGUUCCAGCAUACAGAACACAAGUCUACCACCGCCGCCUCCGCCACUGCACCAUACGAUGCCAUACCCCAUGCAUCCCGUGAGACAGAAUUAGACGUAGAAUUUCCACCAUCCCCAAAUAUUCCCCAGAACUCUCUAAGCUAAUUGCUUCGAAUGAUAACAAUCUUCCGAUUCAUAUGCAUUUGAGGCUAGAAUGUAAGUGCUGUGAAUGAAACAACAACAAAAAAAAUGCUUGCGUGUGUGUGUGUGAUUGUGCGUGUCCGAGUGCUAUUUUGUUCGUGUAUUUGUGUUCCCCGUGUGGGUGUGUGUACGCACACGGUAUAAUGUAAGGUUACAGCCUGGUACGCAACAGCAACCCACCGUUGUUUGGUCCAGAUUGGCGACAAGCUUUUCUUCGGAAACCCCAGUGAGCUAAUGAGUAGUAAGCUUUGAUUGACCGGUAGCUUAGGGGGGUCAGUUAUUGAUCAUGUUUAAUUGAUCCGGCACUAUCCCAACUUAGCCGACCGCAAUCAAUUUUCUAAUAUUUAAACGGUCUUUUGAAUCCACGUCCCUUUCACUUGGCUUUCCGGUUUAUCGGUGGACCCUUAAAAGGUCAGCACACAUAUAGCAGCGCGACAUUCGAUAGCUGAGCGGUUUCCAUUUGAUAUGAAGAGACUGAAUUUAUCCUAAGCCGUUCGUUCAACUUCGCUCUAGCGGAUUUCUCGUCAUAUUGCCAUAAAUAAUAUCAUGUAUCAUCUUAAGCUUAAAGUCUGCGCAAGAGAACGGAAAGCGAAACAAAGGAGUGUUUGAUAGGUUUCACUACGCAUGCUUCAUACUAUUCCAAAGUUCAGACUGAUCAAUCUUGGACAGUUCGUUUUGCGGGGUGUUUCGCGUGUAGCGUACAACCCUUUUUCUGUAGUACAAAUGUAAAUAGAUAGACGGUUCGGUUUUGUUUUCUUUUUUAUGUUUUUUUGUCGGUUUUUUUAAUUUUAUUUUUUAUGGUGCGUAAAUGUUAGAUUCCUAGCCAGUAUCACCAAGCCUGUUAGGUAUAUUCAAACCGAUGGAAUUGAUAGGAGAGUACGAACGAAAUGAAGUACUCGUAGGAAAAGAAUACAUAAAAAAGCAAUGCAUAAUGUUACUGGAAUAUAUCGACCAUUUGUCAAACUUAUGUAUCAGCCGAUACUGCAUUGUAAUGAAAAGUUGAAAUGUUCAUAGAUUUAUACAAGUAUUAUAACGCAUAGCAAGGAAAACGCAAGUAAGGGGAAUCAAAUGGUACAGCCCUUUUCCCGAGUCCCUCUGGUGUUUCAAUCGGUUUCUAUGCGCUGUACAUAUUUAUUUGUGAUUAACCUAGUAAAGAUUGUAACAACUUUAACAAAUUAUAGUACUCAUCGAAUUGAAUUGAAGCUAAAAUAUAUA